UUUAAUAUUCACAUUUGAUCGUUUCGAGACCAACCAUGGCUGUGUUUGAAGAGUCGAAGAGGAGGCCAGAUGUGCGGGAGACAACGCCGUUGUUGUCUCGCACGAAGUCAGGAGAAAGAAGAGCUGGAUCGCGGGGCUUUUCCGUACAAUGGCUCCUCAUGCUUUGCGCCUUCCUGGUCUCACUAUCAUUUGGCAUUACCCAAGUGCCGAUGCUGUUUGUCAUGAGGGUUAUGACUUGCGAUGCAUAUUACGAACAUCCACGCCAUAUGCGCGACCCUUUGGCGAAAGAUGCGUGCGCAAAACAUGAAGUUGAAGCAAGCACAGCGCGAUCCAUUGCGCUUCUCGGAGGUUCGACAACCUUGUUUGGCCUCUUGAACCUUCUCGUCACCGGCUGGACGAUCAAGCGCCUAGGUGUUAAGAGAGCCCUCAUAAUUCAGAUAUUCUGGCCCGCCGUAAGGCUGCUCGUGCAAAACAUCGGCGUAUCGAAGGGAUCCAGUGCGGGCGUUCUGAUCUUGCAGGCCAGUCAGAUCAUCACCAUUGUUGGUGGCCCGAAUGGCUAUGUCCUUGCCCUGAAUUCGUUCGUGGCGGAUGUUGUCGAGCAUGAGGGUCGAACAGGCGCACUGGGCCGCCUUCAAGGCUGCAUGUUGUUUGGAGCCGCCGUCGGGUUCCUGAUUGGAGGGCUCAUCGGAGAAGCAUUUGGGAUCGCCGCGCCGUUUCGCAUCACUGUGAUCUUGUUCUUGCUAUCAUGUGCUUACGUCGCGGCAUGCCUCCCCUCGACGCCACCGCCUGAAGAAAAAGACAGCCGGGCGGACCAGCCGGCAAAUGGCCUUGGGCGUUUCUUUGGUCCGCUCAGGAUAUUCGCCCCUCAAAAGUGGACACUCAUCGACGGUCGCAAGAGCACACAAUUUGGAGCAUUGACGCUUGGCCUGGGUGUCUUCUUGGGCAUCCUAGCUACCGGCUACAUUCCUACGCUGCUUCAGAUGUACGCCACAGACGAGUUUGAGUUCGGUACCAAGGCCAACGGUUGGCUCAUCUUCAUGUACUAUUCUUUGCGAGGUUUCUUUCUGUCCUUUGUCUUCCCUCGCAUCAUCUCAGUCGGAAGAAACUGGCUGGAGCCGAGCAAUGCAACACCAACAACAUCGGCAGAAAACGAGCCGUUUCUCAGCGAGUUGCAUAUACCUACAUCACCCAACAAGAUCGGGCAUAUUGAUCCCAUGGGCAACGACGUGGAACUGGCCGGACCACCACAGCCUGACGAGAAGCAAACAUUUGCAUUCGAUCUUAUGUAUGCGAGGUUCAGUCUCCUCCUCGACGGUGCUAUGACAGGGCUUGCUGUGUUUGUUGCACAGGACUACCAGCUUUACAUUGUGGCAGCGCUCCUUCCGGUCGCGGCUGGAACUGCCGCUGCCUCGAAAGGUACGAUCUUGCAGAUGCUCCCAGACAGCCAGCGAGUAGAUGCGCUAAGCGGGAUCACCCUUGCCGAGAACAUCGCAAGACUUUCCACUACUGCGGUCUUCGGUCUGGUCUUCGCAGCGCUCGCGGAAGUAGGGAAGAUCCCUCUGGUCUUCGUUUGUAACGCUGCUGUUGCGUUGCUCGGCUUUACAGUCCUGCUCUUUUCGCGAUUUCCGCCAAAUGGCAGUCGGAGGGUCGAUCUUUAGGUAGCGCUUCCGAGUCGAGCUUCACGCCACCCGCCUUGCGGUUUAACGGCCCGUAUAUCUGGUCUCGCUUCACAGGUUAAAUGCGCACCCCGCACCGCAUCGGAGGGGGAUUUUUCCGUCUCCACCUCGAUUCCAGCGAUGCUC